CUUUCUCCCUCUCCUUCCCUUCUCCACAGCAAAGAAACUUUUGCUCGAAUACCCUUUGUUUGCUUUCCCAUUCCAUCUUCUCACAGAAAGAGAGAGAGAGAGCGCAGAGAGAUAGGUAGACAGAGAGGCAAAGCGCAGGGAACGAGCUGAAAGGAAAUAGAGAGAGGUAGAGGGAGAGAGGGCGUAGCUCUGAAUCUGAUUUCUAGGGUUCUUCCGAAUCCCCAAAUUUACCAUUUCCCAAUCCAUUGCUUCGCCGUCACCACCACCUGCUUCGUCUUCGAUUUCGGCCUUGGACAGCUUUAAUGGUGGCGUUGUUGCUGAUUCGCUGCUGCUUGCUUCUUCCCCAAUCCACACUCCCCUUCUAGAUGACUCCACCUCCACCAACCGAAUGGCUCCGUUCCUCCCCUCUCUCCUCCUCUUCGCCCUCCUUGCUGUCGCCGUCGCGGGUUCUUCUGCUUCUCCUUCUUCCGAUUCCGAUGAAUCAGCAGCCUACCUCUCCCUAUUCCACCAAGACUACUCACCGCCUUCCCCUCCACCUCCGCCCCCGCACCCUCCCUCCCUCUCCUGCACCGACGACCUGCAUGGCCUCGGCUCCUUGGACACCACAUGCCAGAUAGUCUCCGAUGUCAACCUCACCGGCGAGGUCUACAUCCAGGGCCGGGGAAAUUUCUACAUCCACCCGGGCGUUGCUUUCAGCUGCCUCACACCUGGGUGCUCACUCACGCUCAACAUCUCCGGCAACCUCACUCUAGCUCCCAAUUCCUCCAUCAUCACCGGCUCCUUCAACCUCUUCGCUUCCAACGCCUCGUUCCUCAACGGCACCUUCGUCAAUACUACUGGAUUCGCUGGGAAUCCGCCCCCGCAGACCAGUGGCACCCCGCAGGGUGUGGAUGGCGCUGGCGGGGGCCAUGGGGGGCGGGGAGCGGCUUGCUUGGUCGACACCACUAAGCUCCCCGAAGAUGUCUGGGGUGGGGAUGCUUACUCUUGGGAGAACUUGCAGGAUCCUGCAAGUUACGGCAGCAAAGGUGGGAGUACCAGUAAUGAGGAGGAUUUUGGUGGGGGUGGUGGUGGAAUCGUGAGGAUGUUCAUUGAUGAAUAUAUAGUGGUUGAUGGGCUUAUUUUGGCUGAUGGAGGCGACGGAGGUUCCAAAGGAGGCGGCGGCUCUGGUGGCAGCAUUUACCUCAAGGCGUAUAAGAUGACAGGAAGUGGCCGGAUAAGUGCUUGUGGGGGCAGCGGUUUUGCUGGUGGUGGUGGAGGGAGAAUUGCUGUGGACAUUUUCAGCAGGCAUGAUGAUCCUCGAAUUUUUGUGCAUGGAGGAAAUAGUCGUGGCUGUCCAGAAAACGCUGGUGCUGCUGGGACGCUAUAUGAUGCUGUUCCAAGGAGCCUUAUAGUUAGUAAUGACAAUCUUUCAACAAAUACCGACACUCUUCUUUUGGAGUUUCCUAAUCAACCCCUUUGGACCAACGUCUAUGUUCGAAAUCGUGCACGCGCUACCGUUCCCUUGCUCUGGAGUCGUGUUCAGGUCCAAGGACAAAUAAGUCUAUUGUCUGGUGGACUUCUGAGCUUUGGGCUAGCUCAUUAUGCUACUUCUGAAUUCGAACUAUUGGCUGAAGAACUAUUGAUGAGUGACUCAGUGAUGAAGGUGAGUGACAAAAUUAUCUCCAACGUUUUUGGUUCAGGGGCUGUUCAGGUUUUAAAUGUUGUGUCCAGGAUUAGAUUUUCCAGCAAUUUUGCCUUUGCACUAGUUGUGUAUGGGGCUCUACGCAUGACUGUUAAAAUGUUUUUAAUGUGGAAUUCCCAAAUGCUCAUCGAUGGAGGUGAAGAUGCUGCUGUUGCAACUUCUUUGCUUGAAGCCAGUAAUCUAGUUGUUCUUAGGGAGUCAUCGGUUAUACAGUCCAACGCAAAUUUGGGUGUUCAUGGACAAGGUUUGUUGAAUCUAUCUGGACCAGGUGACAGGAUUGAUGCCCAACGUCUUGUCCUAUCACUGUUUUACCGUGUUCAUGUUGGUCCUGGAUCUACUUUGCGUGGUCCUCUGGAAAAUGCAACAAGUGAUGCUAUUACUCCACAACUCCACUGUGAACUUGAAGAUUGCCCUGUUGAACUGGUUCAUCCUCCUGAAGAUUGCAAUGUGAACUCAUCGCUCUCAUUUACUCUCCAGAUCUGCCGAGUUGAGGAUAUUACUCUUGAGGGACUUGUAGAAGGAUCUGUAGUCCAUUUCCAUCGCGCAAGAACUGUAACAGUUCAACCUUCUGGAACAAUUAGUGCGACUGGGACAGGUUGCACGGGUGGUGUCGGAAGAGGUAGUUUCUUGAGCAACGGAGUCGGCAGUGGUGGUGGCCAUGGUGGCAAAGGUGGGCUAGGAUGUUACAACGAUAGUUGCAUUGAUGGUGGCAUUUCGUACGGAGACCAAUACUUGCCUUGCGAACUUGGUAGUGGAAGUGGACAUGGAAACUUAACUGGUACAACAGCAGGGGGUGGAAUUAUAGUGAUGGGUUCUCUGGAGCAUCCAUUGUCAAGUUUGUCUGUUGAAGGAUCAGUAAGAGCUGAUGGAGAAAGUUUUCAGCAAACUGUUCAAAAUGGGAUGCUUGCUUCUAUGAAUGAUAGUGUCGGGGGUCCUGGGGGUGGUUCUGGGGGAACCAUCCUUAUGUUCUUGAGGACGAUAGAACUUGGUGAGGCUGCUUUUCUUUCAAGUUCUGGUGGCUAUGGUAGUCCUCAGGGGGGUGGCGGAGGAGGUGGGGGGAGGAUUCACUUUCAUUGGGCUGACAUUCCAGCUGGCGAUGUUUACCAGCCGAUUGCCAGUGUGAAGGGAAGCAUCUACUCUAGGGCCGGGUUGGGGAAGGACGGAGGUGGUUCUGGCGAAAACGGAACAGUAACUGGAAAAGCCUGCCCGAAAGGACUAUAUGGAGUAUUUUGCAAGGAAUGUCCAGCUGGAACUUACAAGAAUGUUACUGGAUCUGAUCAGACUCUUUGCCGACCCUGCCCAGCUGAUGAGCUUCCUAGUCGUGCUCUAUACAUUUCUGUUAGAGGUGGUAUUGCUGAAACACCGUGUCCCUACAGAUGUAUUUCCGAUAGAUUCCACAUGCCGAACUGUUAUACAGCCCUUGAAGAGUUGAUUUACACAUUUGGUGGACCAUGGUUGUUUGGACUUCUUCUUCUGGGUCUGCUCAUUCUUUUGGCAUUGGUACUAAGUGUCGCCAGGAUGAAAUUUGUGGGUGGUGAUGAACUAUCUGGCCCAGCUCCCACCCAGCACGGUUCUCAGAUUGAUCACUCAUUCCCAUUCUUGGAAUCAUUGAACGAGGUGUUGGAAACAAAUAGAGCUGAGGAGUCCCAGAGCCAUGUGCACAGAAUGUAUUUUCUGGGUUCUAAUUCUUUCAGUGAGCCUUGGCAUCUGCCGCAUUCACCCCCUGAGCAAAUAAAAGAGAUUGUAUAUGAAGGAGCUUUUAAUACAUUUGUUGAUGAUAUUAAUGCUAUCGCUACUUAUCAAUGGUGGGAAGGUGCAAUCCACAGUCUUCUUUCUGUAACGACAUAUCCCUUGGCAUGGUCAUGGCAGCAAUGGCGACGAAGGGUCAAAUUGCAGAGACUACGGGAGUUUGUUCGAUCAGAGUAUGACCAUGCUUGCCUACGUUCUUGCCGCUCUAGGGCUCUCUACGAAGGGAUUAAGGUGGCUGCAACUUCUGAUCUAAUGCUCGCAUAUGUUGACUUCUUCCUUGGUGGAGAUGAGAAGAGAGGUGACCUUCCUCCUAGUCUCUAUCAAAGAUUUCCAAUGACUAUAAUUUUUGGAGGUGAUGGGAGCUAUAUGACUCCCUUCUGUGUUCAAAGUGACAAUAUUCUCACCAGCCUCAUGAGUCAGCUGGUCCCUCCCACUACUUGGUACCGGAUGGUGGCUGGUCUGAAUGCACAACUUCGAUUAGUUCGUCGGGGGCAUCUGAGGUUAACCUUCAAACCAUUGGUCAAAUGGCUUGAAACACAUGCCAAUCCUGCUCUGAAGGUGCAUCAAGUACAAGUCGACAUUGUCAGGUUUCAGGCUACAUCUUGUGGUUAUUGCCAGUACGGACUUUUGGUUUAUGCUUCCGAUGAAGAAAACCAGCAUGCAUCCAGCGAGACUCUGGAAGAUGCUAAGCAAAUCGCACAGCAAUCACGCAUGAAGAAGACAGAUGGAGAAUAUGCACAGACUCUCUUUACCCAACCCAAUAGAAGCAGUGAGAGUAAUGCGAGGCAAAGGAAGAGCCACGGGGGUGUAAUUGACGUUGACAGUUUGAAAACACUUGAAGAGAAGAGAGAUAUAUUUUACCUUCUCUCUUUCAUAGUUUAUAACACCAAACCAAUUGGUCACCAGGAUCUUGUUGGUUUGGUAAUCUCAAUGCUACUUCUAGGAGAUUUUAGCUUAGUGUUGCUGACUUUGCUCCAGUUAUAUUCGAUCUCACUUGGGGAUGUUUUCCUGGUUUUAUUCAUCCUACCUCUGGGUAUCAUUCUUCCAUUUCCUGCUGGGAUUAAUGCUCUAUUCAGUCAUGGACCUAGACGGUCUGCAGGCCUAGCUCGUAUCUAUGCUUUGUGGAACAUUACCUCGUUGAUGAAUGUUGUUGUUGCAUUUGUGUGCGGGUACAUCCACUACAACAGUCAGACAUCAUCAAGCAAGAAGUUCCCGUUCGAGGCAUGGAAUAUCAGCAUGGAUGAGAGCGAAUGGUGGAUAUUCCCCGCAGCGCUGGUUCUGUGUAAAAUGGUGCAGUCCCAGCUCGUGAAUUGGCACGUGGCGAAUCUCGAGAUUCAAGACCGUUCACUGUACAGUAAUGAUUUUGAGCUAUUCUGGCAGUCAUGAUUCCACUCCCGUCGUAAUUUACAGAAUACAUAAAAAAUGCUAAAUAGUUAGAUACCAGGAACAGUGACUCCUUCCCUCCCCCUUUCUUUCUUUGUGUUUUUUACCUCUUUCCUUUUGGGUCUCUACACAAGAUACUAGGAACAGGGAUAGGAAGGAGAAAAGGAAGGGGGAACUAAAAAGGACAAUUGAAAAAAAGUCGUAAAAGAUGAGCUAACAGAGAAAUCCUUAAUGUUUAAGUCUCCUUUGUUCACCCCGAUUUUUUGGGGUCGAGCGAAGGAUUCUGGAUUCCGUUUUUCGGUAUAUUUUGUCUGAGAUGUUAAUUCACAGUUGACGGAGCCCGUUUAUUAUUUGGUGGCGGGUGAUUUAUGCAUCGGUUCGGUUGUACAUAUGAUGGGAGUAGCAGUAUUAGUAGUAGUUCAUGACUGUUGUAGUUAGCAAUCAGUGGGAGACUUUUCCAAUGUACUGUUCAGUUGUGACUAUUGUGUCGUAGCAAAUGAUGUAUGAGAGAGCAGGAGUAACAGGGUGAGUGGAAGCCAAAAAUCUGUUUGGUUUUGUGGCCAUUUUGUUUCUGUUUGGAGGAAGAAAGUACUGUUUUUUCUGGAUUCUGUGUAACUAAGAUUGGUUGCUAACAUUCAUAAUGAAUAAAAGUUAGUUAUGCAACACUUCG